GCCUUUUGUUAAAAAGAGUUUGAGUUUAUAAUUAAUCAGAGUGAGACAUCCCGUUUUUGUUAGAGCUUUAAGGUAAAUACGUUAGGUAGUGAGUGCUCUCACGUCGAACAUAUCUUUGACGUAUUUUUUUAUUUUUUUCUCUGGAAAAUCCCGUUUCAGCAAGUUAGCUUCAGAAACGGUUCAUGUUGAAGUGAAAUGUUCUACACGCUUCUGCCUCGGCAAAUAUUCGUCUUUUUACAACAAUAAAAAAGGAUAUCAAAACCAGAUUAUUGAAUAAAGAUUCUUCCAGAAUGCAAGAAAAGCAAGCCUUGUGAGGAGAACUUUUUUUCAUGUUGUUCGCUGGCUGUCUAACUUCAUAUGGUCACGUGUUGUGAGGACAGCACAGUAAAAAGACGACAUACACUGCGGGCUUAAGCAUACAGAGCAACAUUUAACAACAUGAGUCUUCGCUCAGGAAAAAAUUAUUUGAAAGACUACGCUGCUGAUCAGCUACUUGACGCAGCUGGUGAUGAUCGACAAACGGAAGAUGCCACUCAACAAGCUACAACGCAGCAGCCGUCUCAACCAUUGGACGCCAUGUCGCAGGUCUCCAGAGCACCCACAAGAAGGUCUCAACGGACAUCCUCAUCGUCAACAGGUUCCUCAGCCGCACGGGCCUACGCCAAAGCUCAAGCAGCGCGAGCUCAACUAGCCUAUGCCAAACAGGAAGCCAGCAUGAUGAAACAAAGAGCCGAAUUGGACGCACAUCUCCAUAUCCUUCAGUGCGAAAAAGCCAUUGCAGCAGCUGAAGCAGAGGCCACAGCUUAUGAAGAAACAGAGAAUCAGAGCGGGGAGCUCCACAAAGGACUUUGUGUGGAAGCUGAGCCCUUUACCCCUGUGCAGCGUACCAGGGAGUAUGUUAAACAACAAUCUCAACUGUUAUUUUCAGACAACCAGCAGUAUCCAGUACCCCUUCCUGACAGAAAUGUCACUGCAAUAGAUACACAAGACAUUCCACAGGUAAACAAUCCUAUGAACACUCAAACAAAUCCACCAUCAGGAAACAGGAUGAUGAAGCAGGAGCCAGUACUUAAUACAUGUGGCACAAACGAUGCAAAGGAUUUUGCAAAGUACCUCAUCCGUAAAGAGCUAGUAAGCACGAGCCUCAUGCAUUUUGACGAUAAACCCGAAAACUAUUGGGCAUGGAAAACCUCGUUUAUUGAUGCCACCAGAGAAUUAAAUCUGUCUCCCAGAGAGGAAUUAGAUCUGUUAGCAAAGUAUUUGGGACCAAAAUCGUCUGAACAGGCAAAACGGAUUCGUGCUGUACACAUCCUUAAUCCGGCUGCAGGUUCUGUGAUGGUCUGGCAACGCCUUGAAGAGUGCUAUGGUUCACCUGAGGUAAUUGAGGAUGCACUCUUAAAAAAGGUAGAGGUCUUCCCAAAGCUAACAAAUAAAGACAGUGUUAGACUGCAAGAGCUUAGUGACGUCUUAAUGGAACUUCAGUGUGCUAAGCAAGAUGGUGCCCUGCCAGGGCUAGCAUACCUAGACACAGCCCGAGGAGUCAAACAAAUAGUUGAGAAACUACCCUUUAAUUUGCAAGAAAGAUGGACAACUGUAGGAACACAAUACAAGGAGACCCAUGGAGUGUCGUUUCCCCCUUUUUCAGUUUUUACACAGUUUGUUCAGCAUCAGGCGAAAAUGAAAAAUGACCCCAGUUUCAUGUUCAGUCCAAAUAGCCAGGUUCCAUCUCAUGCAGAAAAACUGAGACCAUAUAGUCGCAAACCUACUGUGUCAGUUCAUAAAACUGAUAUCACAGUUGAGCCUAAUCAAAGUAGUCCAAAACAAUUGGAGGAACCAGACCGACAGUGUCCGAUCCACAAAAAACCACACCCACUCAAAAAGUGUAAACUUUUUAGAUGCAAACCUAUUGAGGAAAGACAGGCAUACCUGAAAGAGCAUCACAUCUGUUACAGGUGCUGUGGGUCAGUGAGACACAUGGCAAAAGACUGCAAAGCAACAGUUAGAUGCACAGAGUGCGACAGCCCAAAACACUUAUCUGCGAUGCACCCUAGUUAUCCCCCCGCACCAGAGAGCACUGCACGUGAACAUAAUGUACAUGAUGAGCAACAUGAGAGUUUACCUUCAGGCUCUCUUUCAGUUGUUUCAAAGUGUACAGAAAUAUGUAGCCAAAGCGACUACCCACGUUCAUGUUCUAAGAUAAGCUUAAUCAAAGUAUACCCUGCCAGGCAGAGAGAGAAGGCCAUUAAAAUGUAUGCAGUGAUAGACGAACAGUCCAACAGGUCGUUGGCUAAGUCAGAGUUUUUUAACCUUUUCGAUAUCAGAACCACACCUGUGCCUUACACAUUAAAGACAUGUGCUGGAAAUGUACAAGUAUCAGGAAGGAGAGCUGUAAAUUUCUUCAUUGAGUCUGUAGAUGGAAAAGUCAACAUUCAGUUACCACCACUAAUAGAAUGUGACUCUGUUCCAGACGACAGAACAGAGAUACCCUCCCCUGAGAUCGCGCAGCAUCACCCACAUCUCUUCCCAGUUGCAGAUAAAAUUCCACCUGUUGAUCACCAGGCUCCCAUCCUUUUACUCCUGGGUAGGGACAUUCUCAGGGUCCAUAAGGUACGUGAGCAAAUCAACGGGCCAAACAAUGCUCCUUACGCCCAAAGACUAGACUUGGGUUGGGUUAUUGUGGGAGAGGUGUGUUCAGGAAAAACGCAUGGUCCACCAGAGGUCAACGUUUACAAAACACACACCUUAGAUAAUGGUCGUGUGUCCUACUUUCAGCCUUGCCUAAACAUAAUUCAUGUUAAAGAGAAUUAUGGGGUUGUGUUAGACAACGUCUGUGACACAGAUGACUUAGGGCACGCUGUGUUUGCUAGGUCUCAAUGUGAUGAUAAACGAGCUUUAUCGAUCGAAGACAAAGCUUUCCUAAAAAUUAUGGACAGAGAAGUCUACCAAAAUGAAGAGAACAGUUGGGUUGCACCUUUACCCUUUCGUUCAGAGAGGAGAAAACUCCCGAAUAACAGAGAACAAGCUCUAAAGCGUCUCUCUACACUGAAAAAGACAUUGGCAAAGAGACCAGAGAUGAAAGCUCACUAUGUCCAGUUCAUGCAAAAAAUGUUGGACAAUGGCCAAGCGGAAUUAGCUCCGCCCGUCACAGUAGAUAAAGAACUGUGGUAUCUGCCUACAUUCGGGGUAUACCACCCUCAGAAACCAGAACAAAUCCGGGUUGUGUUUGACUCGAGUGCAGAGUGUGACAGGGUUUCCCUUAACCAAGUGCUUCUUAGUGGACCCGAUUUGAACAACUCUCUGUUAGGAGUGCUGCUACGGUUUCGUAAAGAGCCAAUAGCCCUGACAGCCGAUAUACAGCAAAUGUUUUACUGCUUUGUUGUUCGAGAGGACCAUAGAGAUUAUUUGCGUUAUUUGUGGUUCGAGGACAAUGACAUUACAAAAAAGAUACUAGAGUUUAGAAUGAAAGUUCACGUAUUUGGAAAUAGCCCGUCUCCUGCUGUUGCCAUUUACUGUAUGAGACGAGCGGCACGACAGGGUGAACUAGAACAUGGCUCUGAUGCGCGUCAGUUUGUUGAGCGUCAAUUUUAUGUUGAUGAUGGUCUCACAUCUGUUGCCACGCCACAAGAUGCUAUUGACCUACUUAAGAGAACUCAAAACAUGUUGGCGGAGUCAAACCUACGCCUUCAUAAGAUAGCAUCAAACUGCAGUCAAGUUAUGGAAGCCUUCCCUUCAGAGGAUCAUGCAAAAGACUUAAAACAUUUAGAUCUAGGAGUAGAUCCUCUUCCAGUUCAGAGAACCCUAGGACUCUGCUGGAACCUACAAGCUGAUAGCUUUACUUAUCGUGUGUCAGCUGAGACCAAACCAUUCACACGCAGGGGACUACUGUCAGUGAUAAAUAGCCUCUAUGACCCAUUGGGGCUGGUUUCCCCAGUCAUAAUGCAGGGCAAAGCAUUACUAAGGGAUCUCUCAUCUGAAGUUAGGGAUUGGGACGAACCGUUACCCCCCAACAAACAGGAAAUGUGGGACACGUGGAAAAAGUCAUUGCAAGCCCUUGAAAACCUCCAAAUACCAAGAUGCUACUGCUCAGGUACAUUAAGCAUAAGUAAGGUAAAAGAGCUCUGUAUUUUCUCUGAUGCCUCUACCGUGGCUAUAGGAGCAGUAGCUUAUUUGCGAACAGCUAGUGAUGAAGGACGCAGCCAUGUCGGCUUUGUAAUGGGAAAGUCCAAGCUUUCACCUCGUCCAGCACAUACAGUACCGCGCCUAGAACUUUGUGCUGCUGUGCUUGCAGUGGAGAUGUUCGAGCUUAUUAGGGAUGAGCUAGACAUCAAAGUGGACUGUGUGAAGUUUUACACAGAUAGCAAGAUUGUGUUGGGAUAUAUACACAACACUUCCAAACGCUUCUACAUGUAUGUUGCCAACAGGGUUACACGUAUUAGAGCAUCCACACAACCAAACCAGUGGCAUUAUAUACCAACAGAGCUGAACCCAGCUGACCAAGCUACUAGGUUUAUCCCGGCAGCUGACCUGCAGAACACUUCCUGGUUCUCAGGUCCACCAUUUUUGUAUCAUGACACAGAACCACCCAAAACCGGUCCUUUCACCCUCAUUGAUCCUGAGAAAGACAAAGAGAUACGUCCAGAAGUGAAAGUGCUAAAAACUACAGUGUUGGAGUCACAUCUAGGUUCUCAGCGCUUUCAGAGGUUCUCUAGCUGGACCACGCUGUGCAGAGUUUUAGCUAGGCUCAUUCAUGUCAUCUCAUCCUUUAAACAGAGGAAAAUUGGAUGGAACAGUUUCAGGGAGACUCCAAGCAUCCAAGAACUCACAAAAGCCAAAGUAGUUAUCAUACGGGCUGUCCAGCAAGAUGCUUAUGAAGAGACAAUUAAAACGCUGAAAGAAGUUAAACAGAAAAAUGUGAAACUUGACACACUCAGAAAGCUCAACCCUUUAGUUGACAAAGACAACCUCUUAAGAGUUGGGGGACGUCUCUCCUCAGCCGAUCUCACUGAGAAUGAAAAGCACCCUCUCAUUAUCCCAUCCUCCAGUCAUAUUGCUACACAGCUAGCAAGACACUUUCACGAACAAGUGUCUCAUCAAGGGAGACACAUAACUGAGGGAGCUAUCCGAGGUGCCGGGUUUUGGAUAAUCGGAGCAAAACGCCUUGUGUCGUCUGUCAUUCAUAAGUGUGUUACUUGUCGAAAAUUGCGAGGCAAAAUGCGGGUUCAGAAAAUGGCAGAUUUGCCCGCUGACCGACUCACUCCUGAACCACCUUUUACAUCUGUCGGUUUGGAUGUGUUUGGACCAUGGACAAUCGUAACUCGUAGGACAAGAGGUGGCUGCUCUCAAAGUAAACGCUGGGCCGUUUUGUUCACGUGCAUGUCAACCAGAGCCGUGCACAUUGAACUGAUAGAGACUAUGUCUACUGACAGUUUUAUAAAUGCACUGAGAAGGUUCUUCGCCAUUCGUGGCCCAGCCAAGGUUCUACGCUCAGACAGAGGUACGAAUUUUACAGGAGCUUGUAAGGAGCUUAACAUUGAGAAAGAAAGCUCAGCAGUAGGAAAGUACUUGCAAGAAAGAGGUUGCAGUUGGAUUUUCAACCCGCCUCAUGCGUCGCAUAUGGGAGGGUCAUGGGAGCGCCUUAUAGGAAUUGCAAGGCGCAUUCUGGAUGCAAUGCUGUCACAAACUGAAUCAACUCGUCUCACUCACGAAGUCUUAAACACCUUUAUGGCUGAAGUGAUGGCAAUUAUUAAUGGAAGACCCCUGGUUCCUAUAUCCACAGACCCUGAUUGUCCUGUAGUACUCACCCCAGCAAUGUUGAUAACACAAAAGGUGAGUGCUGUUUCUGCUCCAUCUGGGAACUUUUCCACAUGUCAGUUGUUUGGGAAACAGUGGAAGCAUGUCCAGCACCUUGCUGAUACUUUUUGGAAAAGGUGGAGAGGAGAAUAUUUGCCCACCUUGCAAAGUCGUCCAAAGUGGACUGAAAACAGACCCAAUGUUAGAGAAGGAGAUGUGGUCCUACUGAAAGAUCCUCAGGCAAGCAGGAAUGAAUGGCCCAUGGGAAUAAUAACAAAAACCUUUCCCAGCAGGGACACAAAGGUCCGCAAAGUGGAACUGAGGGUUGUACAAAAUGGGACUGUGAAGAUAUUUCUAAGACCAAUAUCUGAAGUCAUUGUUUUGUUUUCUGAGACUGAGUGACUACUGCAUCAUCUGUUGCCAAAGAGAUGAGUUUUUUUUUUAUUUCUUAUGAUGUCUGUUGUGACAUAAUGUGAUUACGUCAAGCGGGGAGUGUCAUGCCUUUUGUUAAAAAGAGUUUGAGUUUAUAAUUAAUCAGAGUGAGACAUCCCGUUUUUGUUAGAGCUUUAAGGUAAAUACGUUAGGUAGUGAGUGCUCUCACGUCGAACAUAUCUUUGACGUAUUUUUUUAUUUUUUUCUCUGGAAAAUCCCGUUUCAGCAAGUUAGCUUCAGAAACGGUUCAUGUUGAAGUGAAAUGUUCUACACGCUUCUGCCUCGGCAAAUAUUCGUCUUUUUACAACAAUAAAAAAGGAUAUCAAAACCA